AGGGGUGUGUAGGCUGAGGCUUCGCUGAAUGAGGAAGCAGCAGAGCCAUUUUUACUGUUGAGUAACUGCAUGCUGGUUUGCCUGUGCUAGAAAGAGGGUGCGAGAGUGAGCCACUCUUAUCGAAGCCCUCUUUCCCCUCUGUCGCCUUCAGUUCUCCUUCUAUACUCCUCUCUCCUGCUGCAUGUGUCCUUUAAGUUGGUGAGGCCCUGGAGAGGACACACAAUGGAGCGAAGAGUCUGUGGCAACUGGGCCGUUGUACUACUGAGAGGGGGAUGGGGUAGAGAGAAGACCGGUUCACAUAGCUAACACAGCCUGCUGGCUGUAGGCUUUUACAGCCUCACUUCCCUGCCUGGACCCACUGUUUUCAGGCUGGGGCCUUUUUCCUGGAACAGCCACCAACUUGCUUGGACUACACUAAGGAUUACUCGCUAUGUUCUGUGGGGUUUUAGAACACAUACCGGAGCCAGAAGAAUAAAUCUCUUCUAUGUUUUUGUGGAAUUCAUUAAUGGAUUACAAGAUGCAUGCCAAGUCAAAUGAUUUGCUGGAUUUUCAAAAACUGGACGCACUUCUGGAAAAAAUUGCACAUUCUGUCUCUGUGAAAAGAGAGUCAAGUGAGGAGUGCAAUGGGAUCAGUGGUGCUCUGUCAGUGGAGUCUGUGUCGGGGCCAAGACUAAAUUGGUGUCCUGCAAACACCACUACCCCUGCCCCCGCUGCAGCUCCAGCUCUGGGGCCUGAGCCCACGCCCAACCUUAUCAGAAUGGGAGACGGCCUGGACACAGCACAGAUGUCGGGCAGUAGCAGUAGCCAGGGGCAGGCCCAGCCAGGAGGCAACGCCAUUGCCCCAGACUACGUCAACCUCAACAGGCCAAAGCGCCAAACCAAUCAGCUGCAGUUUCUGCUCAAAGUGGUGUUAAAGACCCUGUGGAAGCACCAGUUUGCCUGGCCUUUUCACGCACCAGUGGAUGCAGUCAAACUUAACCUGCCUGACUACUAUUCAAUAAUUCAAAACCCUAUGGACAUGGGAACAAUCAAGAAAAGGCUUGAGAACAGUUACUACUGGAAUGCCCAAGAAUGUAUCCAAGACUUCAACACAAUGUUUACUAACUGCUACAUUUACAACAAGCAAGGAGAUGACAUUGUUUUAAUGGCUGAAGCUCUAGAGAAGGUUUUUCUUCAAAAGGUUGCAGAAAUGCCUGAGGAAGAAACUGAGAUUGUUGUCAUGACAGGAAAGGGACGUGGUCGGGGCCGGAGAGAUGGAGGUCUGACCAUAAAACCAGGGUCCAUUAUUGAUUCCUCGUCCAUGACUCCUCAAACACGAGGCCUCUCAAAUCUUUUAGCACCACAGACCAGACCAGGACCGGUACCAGGCCCCCCUUUACUACCUCCACAGCCUCUGAUGCAGGCGCUGCCGUCCCAUAUGCCCCAAAUGUUACCCAACCACGCACCACAGCUUGGAGCUCCUUACUCCAUGGGUCAGUCAGACUGUGCUCCUCAAGUUCCCAUCAUGACGUCUGUGCCUCCCCCUGCUCAAACAUUGCUUCCUCCAGCAACAAUUCAAAGCACUGCCCCGAUGCUGCAGAGUCCUAUCACCAUGACCAAACAAAGAAAGAGCCAGAAGAGGAAAGCAGAUACUACAACACCUACAGCCAACGACCAGCUGAGUGAGUCUUCCCCAGCAGAGUCCAAAUCUGGGAAGACACUACCGAGACGAGAGAGUACAAGACCUACAAAACUCAUUAAAAAGGAGGCCCCAGACUCUCAGCAUCACAUAGGAAUAGGGAUUGGGCUUGGCCUUGGCCUUGGCCUUGGCCUUGGCGGACCAAGUGGCGGUCAUAGUCCUAAACCACAGGAUCAGUUGGGAUACUGCUCUAGCCUGGUUAGGGACAUGCUGUCCAAGAAGCAUGCUGCUUAUGCGUGGCCAUUCUACAAGCCUGUUGAUGUAGAUGCACUGGGACUACAUGAUUAUCACGAUAUCAUCAAACACCCCAUGGACCUCAGCACCAUUAAGGCCAAGUUGGAGAACAAGCAAUACCGGGACCCCCAGGAGUUUGCUGCUGACGUACGAUUAAUGUUUUCCAACUGCUACAAAUAUAAUCCACCAGACCAUGAGGUGGUAGCUAUGGCACGAAAAUUACAGGAUGUCUUUGAGAUGCGAUUUGCCAAAAUGCCAGAUGAACCUGAGAGCAAGCCUCCGGUUUCUGCCCCAGCUCCUACACUUCACCAUCCUGCCCCUGUUAAACCGCAGCCUCCAUUGGCUCAUAUCGCCUCAUCGACAGACAGCUCUAGCGACUCAUCCUCUGAGUCAGAGUCAUCUACCGACGACUCUGAAGAGGAGAGAGCCCAGAGGUUGGCAGAGCUCCAGGAGCAGUUAAAGGCUGUCCAUGAGCAGCUAGCUGCCCUGUCCCAACCACAAGCCAGCAAACCAAAGAGAAAAGAGAAGGAGAAGAAAGAGAAGAAAAAGGAUAAGCAUAAGAAGAAAGGAAGCAUGCCUGGCCUUGUGGAUGAAAUGCAGGAUGCAACACCUGUUCCACAGCUGUCUAAAAAGACCAAGAUCAGCAGCAAAGAGGUUGUCCCCAAGAAGAAACCCAGUAAAAAGGAGGGGAUGAAGAACAAUCAUCCUUCCAGUCUGCUGCCAGUUCCUGGCCUGGAAGAUGACCUGGGGGCUGCUGGUUCAUCCGCUACAGGAGAAAAGUGUAAGCCCAUGACGUACGAGGAAAAGAGGCAGCUAAGUUUGGACAUCAACAAGCUUCCUGGUGACAAGCUUGGUCGUGUAGUGCAUAUCAUCCAGUCCAGAGAGCCCUCACUAAAGAACUCCAACCCUGACGAAAUUGAGAUCGACUUUGAGACAUUAAAGCCUUCGACCUUGCGUGAGCUUGAGAGAUACGUGUCUUCCUGCCUUCGCAAAAAAAAUAAAAAGGUUUCAGUUGAGAAGACGGUGGAGUCGAUGGCAGCUUCUAAAAAGACAGGCUCUUCUUCAGAAAGCAGUGGCUCCAGCUCGGACAGUGAAGCAGAGGGACCUGGAAUAAUUAAACAGCAGAAGAAGAAGGGCCAUUCAGUAAAGGAGGCAAAGAAGAUGCAUCCUCACAUUCAGAACAGCCAAGCUCCGACUGGGCUUCAGUCCCAGCCCGCAGUCCUCCCGUCUAGUCAGAUGAAGCAACAGCAUCCACAUCAGCCGUCUCCCGCAGGUUUCAUGGCUCCUCCAGUAGCAGCCCUGGAAUCCUCGCAGUUACUGGAGACUAGCUUUGAUUCCCUGCCACCAUUUGGCCAACCCCUCAUGCAUUUGUCCCACCACACGGGCAACCCCUCAUCACCUCCACCUCCGCACCUCAAUGCUCAGUCUGCAGGACCCGUGUCCCCUGAGACCCACCCCUUCCUCAACCAGCAUCCUGUUCUCACAUCUCCAGCCUUGCAUAGUUCUAUGCCUCAGCAGCCUUCUCGACCCAGUCACAAGGCGGCGCCACUUCAUCCCAAACCCCUUCAGCAGCAACCAGCGCCUCCUCAGCAGCAGCCACAAAUGCAGCAGCAACAGCCGCAGCUCCAGGCCCAAUCAGUGGCACCGCUACAGCACCAGCUCCCACCUCAGAUUCUCCACCCUCCUCAGCCUCUGCACCAACGACCCAUGUCCCCCCCAACGCUCACACCCCAAGGCUUGCUGUCCUCUCAGCCUCCCCAGCUGCUGUUGGAAGAUGAUGAAGAGCCAGGGUCUACCACGCCUUUGAAUCAAGUACAGUUAUAUUUACAGCAGUUCCAGCAAGCCCGUCAACCCCAGCAGUCCAUGCAGUCGCUCCAGGCGCAGGCUCGUCAGCAGCAGCAGCAGCAGCAACAUCAACAACAACAACAACCAACACCAGGACAAGUUUCUCUAUUGCAGGCUGUUCAGGUGCAAUCUCAGCUCCCAUCGCAGACAGCCCUGCCACCUCCCCAGCUCCCUGUUCAGUCCCAGCCUCAGCCGCCACAUCAAGCCCCACCCCAACCGUUACCUCUACAACAGGCCCGCCACAUGCAGCACGCUCAGCAACAGCAGCAGCAGCAGCAGCAAGCCCAACAACACACGCAGCAGCAGCAGCAGCAGCAGCAGCAGCAGCUGAGCUUUCAACAGCCUCCUGGACUGGCUGGUCAGUCCCAAGGAUCACAACACAAGGUGUCCAUGCCCAUCAACAAAGCACAGCAGAUCAUCCAACAGCAGCAGGAGCAGCCUUCCCCUCGUCCAACCAAGACUGACCCCUACAAUACAGCUCACAUGAGGGAUAACCCGUCCCCUCUCAUAAUGCCUUCCCCCCAUCUUCCCCAGUACCCACCUGUGUCUCACCAGUCUCCACCUCACACUUUGCAGCCCAAAAAGCAGAGGCCACCUAUGAGUCAAAGUGGGUUAAAAGAAGAGAAACUUCCUCCAUCACCAAUAAUGAGAGGAGAGCAGUUUAACCCUGCAAUGAGACCAGACCAUCACAAACAUCCUGAUAACAAACCUUCUCAACCAGGUCAACAGAAUGUAAAGUCCGCAGAGAGCUCACGACCUGUCAUCCGCUCCUCUGAGCCAAGUGGGCCUCCAUUAUCUUUGCAAGAGAAGGAGAAGUUUAAACCAGAGCCCAAGACACCUAUUGCCCCCAAAAAGGUACAGGACGUGAAAUUAAAGAAUAUGGGCUCGUGGGCUAGCUUGGCCCAGAAGUCCACGUCUACACCUUUAUCGGCUGUGAAAUCAUCGAGUGACAGUUUUGAGCAGUUCCGGCGAGCUGCCCGCGAGAAAGAGGAGCGGGAGAAAGCCCUGAAAGCUCAAGCAGAGCAAGCAGAAAAAGACCGGCUUCGCCGAGAGCAAGACAAACUACGAGGUCGGGAUGAAGAGGAUGUCAUGGAGACGAGCAGAAGAGUGCACGAGGAGCCACGCAGGCGACUGGAGCAGCACAUCCAAGCUCCUUCACAGCAGCAGCAGCAGCAGCAACAGCAGCCGCCGCCUCAGCAGCAGCAUCAACCGCAGCAGCCACCACAACCAGAGCCCCAGCCCGCUCCCAUUCAGCAGCCUCCUCAACCCCCCACCCCCCCACAGGCCACUGCACAGAACCCACUAGACCAACAGAGGGAGCUAGCACGCCGCCGAGAGCAGGAGAGGAGGAGACGAGAAGCGAUGGCGGCAACUAUUGACAUGAAUUUCCAAAGUGACUUAAUGGCUAUUUUUGAGGAGAAUCUGUUUUGAGGAGAGGAGCAACUGAAACGUAACUGCAAAAAAAAAAAGGAAAUAAGAAAAAAAAAAGAUGCACACUUUGUCUGAAGUGAGAGUUGUCAAGCACGCACUGCAGAUGGACUGCAAUUGGCACUCGGAGACAGAAGACAAACACUGUAUGUGACGCCACAACUCACUUUGCUCUUGUGGACUGAAGACGUAACACACGAGGACGGUUGAAGCGUUUUGGAUGUAACCUCCAAUUUGGCGUCACCUGUGUGAUAUCCCAUAACAAGAGAGAAAGGACCACUGAUGGCACAGUUGCCUUUUUCACACUUGUUUCUUACUGUGUGUGUGUGUGCACGUGUGUGCGUGUGUGCGUGCGCGUGUGUGUGUGUGUGUGUGGGGGCGCAACAAUAAUUGCAUAAGUAACCUAUGAAAUGCUCUGAAGAAGAACUGACAAACUGUGCAGAGGAGUUUUUCAAACUGCCAGAUGUCUGUGGUGGUGAAGAGUACUGGUGUUUUAAAUCUGUGUAGGUUAGUUGUCAGUGAACUCAUGUAGUGACUGGAGGAGCAAGGGGACAACUUACAUAUUGUAAAUCAUGUAUAUUUCUCAGCAGAGAAGGUACAGUUUGCCUUACACCUCUUUCCUAAACAGACCAUUGGGUUCUGUGGCCUGCACACAUGGAAAAACCAAUAACAUUUACAAGCAGGAUUAGGAGCAGUGCAGACCUUUUUCAUCAUCUAGUACCUACUGUAAAGAAGUAUUUUCUUAUACUACAAUAACUGUUUAUUUUGGAUCAUCUUUAUCUUUUGAGGUCUUUUAAAACCAACACACUCCAUAACGUAUAUCUAUGCCAAACAUCCCGUAUGCUAAAUUACUUUUCCUAAAACACGGUAGGUAGCUGAUGGAAGAAUCCCUAAAUAUAUGCAUUAUCAUAGUUCAAACAAGUAUUUAUCAAAGACAGAAUUAGUUAGUUUUCAUUCUGCCUUUUUUAUUUUAGCAGGUAAAGGGGAAAGGUCCAGUCGUUCCUGAGCUUUAGUCAGAAAAUCAUUUCACUACAAAUGUCGCACUGUUGUUUGUACUAUGCUUUUUGACAUACUGUUGGAAAUAUUUGUCACACUACCGGAUCAGUGAGGAAUUGAUGAGGAGCCCCCUGCUGUUCCCUUUAAGUGUUGGCUAAUCUAAAAGGUUUCCGUCAAAUUUCAACAGGCAGAGUAUUUGAGGCAGAAAGGGGACAAUCAGGGGAAUACGACAAAUGCUGAACAUCUUUAUGUAGCCGUUACUUGAAUCAGGUUAGUAAGAAAUCAUCGCAUCAUCCAGUUCACUGAGGGCACACAGUCAACCACAAGAUAUAAAGUGAAAUGAUUACAAAAAUGAACAAACACAAAACAUUUUAAAAAGCAGUUUUGUUUUUUUAUCUUUGUUCUUGUUCAAAUUGUGGCUGUGAGUUAUAUUUCUGCUUAAGGACACAUUGUUUGAACCGGGGAUGAGUCAAAAUCUGAUCGUCGUCCUCUCUUCUCGUCUCUUAUGGUGUUUUUCUCCAGUGCCUGUAUUGUAUUGCAAUUCUCGUUGGAUUAUAUAACACUUCAAGGGGGGAUUCAGAAGGAAGAGAGUCCGGAAUGGGUGGUCUAAUAUUUGAGGGGGGGGUUGAGAGAGUUUGUGUAAAAAAGAAAACCUAAUAAAAAGAACAAAGGAGCAGACAGCAUUUUAUAUUUUACCCGUUGUCACUCUUCGGGUUUUAAAUUUAGUUUUUAGCUGGACUUUUGAGUGUACAAACCUGACAACUGUUUUCUCAUUUUGUUCAUGCGGCAGAUUUUAGGUAGAAAUGUUUAAGCAUCACCACACUAGCGUUCGAGUGGGGUCUGUGAGUGUGAUUGUGUACAUUUGGAUGGCUGUGUGACUGUGUUUGUUUAGUUCACUUUUAAAGCGUGUGGUGCAGGGAGGCAUGUUCCCCAGUGUAGAUAAGCGUUCUAUUAACAAGGAGAAGACACAGAUAAACAUUACUUCAGGACAACCUGUAUCUGUGCUUUCCACCUUUUUCAUGUCUAUGAAGUCCACCAUAUAUGAAUUUAUAAUUUGUAUUAUUAGAUUGGUGAUGAAAGGGUAAAAAAGACCUUCAUUCCUUUUUAGCCUGCUUUUGUUUUUUUACACGGUAACUGUUGGACAUAAUGUGCCAUGAGUUCUACACAGAAUGUGCUGACCCCCAGCUCAGCCCAGAGUUUGCUUUAUUCAGGUAUUUUAUUUUGUGUUAAUGUUUGUUCUGAUUUGGGGGUUUUGUUCAAACAUUUUGCUCAAUUAUUGUUUUGGUAUGUGAGUGGUCUAUCGAGAUUAAGUCUGUUAUGAUCAUUGAAUAAACUCAUCUCUUUUAUAGAAAAUAAGAAAUGAA